AUGUAUUCACGCGACCAGUUCAUGAACCCCGGCCCCGCCCCACGACCGCCCACCGACCGUCCACGCCUCGCCCUCACACCCAACACGAGCAACACGCUGCCAGGCAACCUGGCCGGCCUCAGCCUCCAGUCGCCCGCCUUUGGCAACACCUCGCAAAUGUCGCUCGUCCGCACGCAGUCGGAGAAGAGCGUGUCUUCGACGGCGGUGGUCAAGGAGGGCAUGGUCAAGGUCAAGGACGAGGGCCUCUUCAAGUCGCUGGUCUGGGCUGAUCGCUGGCUGGUGCUGCGCGAGUUCGAGCUCAACUUCUUCAAGAGCGCAAAUGCCUCCAAAGUCUCCAACACCAUUCCCCUGCGCGACAUCCUGGGCGUCGAGCGAUCCGACACCCAGGCCCUUUCCUUUGAGAUUACAAGAGCACUCAACUCCAACAAGGGCUCGUCACCGCCCCGCGACGGUCCGACCAAGGUCAUCACAUGCAAGGUCGAGACAGACGAUGAUGUCUACUCGUGGAUAGACAGCAUCUACCAGCGCUGUCCUAGCAUGGGCGGCGUCAGCAACCCCACCAACUUUACCCACAGGGUCCAUGUCGGCUUCGAUCCCAACAGCGGAGCUUUCGUCGGCCUGCCCGUGGAGUGGGAAAAGUUACUCACAGCCUCUGCCCUCACCAAGGACGAUUACGCAAAGAACCCCAAAGCGGUUUUGGAAGUGCUCGAGUUCUACACGGAGAAGCUCGUCAAGCGCUCUGAAGAUCCGCAACAGUACACCAGUCUGACGCCCACCCCACCAGCGACCGCGGGCACGGAGAAGCAGCUUGGUUAUGGUGGCAGUGGCAACUCUGUUGCCCCCCCACGACCAGCACCCCCCGAGAACUAUCAGCGCAAGGACAGCUAUAGUCGCCAGAACACUCCGCCGGGGGCUGGCCAGUCGAACUCUCAGAAUGGAGCUUCUCAACAAGACCGAUACGAUCAAGAGCGGCGAAAGCAGGAGGAGCAGCGGAUGCAGCGCGAGCGUGAACGUGAGAGACAACGUCAAGAGUACGAGCGGCAGCAGCGUGAGGAGUUGGCGGCAUACAACGCCUCGUUACCUCAGAAGAAGGUUCCCCUUGCCCAGCAGGAGAUUGGAGGCGGUGGCUACGAUUCUCGCGAUCCAAGCCCCUCCAACCAGCAACGUUACAACCCCAGUCGUCCUGCACCCUCUACCCCCGGUUCUACUAGGAAUCAGCAAUCGGGCCAACAACCUCCAGGCUCGUUGCGUCAAAUGGCUGCGCAGCGGCCUGCACCUUCAGCCCCGCAACAGCAGAAUAGCACCUCGCCUUCGGCAAAGACUCCUGCAGCUCAACAGCAGCGCCCACCCCUUCAGACUAGCAACAGUUAUACCAAGGGCUCUGGCACUCAGAAUCCGCAAUCUCGCCCUGCCAAUGGCCAAACUCAGCAGAAGCAGUAUCAGGGCUCUUCUGCUGCACCAAAGCCUUUGAACGUUGCCAAGCCCUCUGCAACUAGCGACGCAGUAAAGAAAGCGGAGCAGGCGCUGACCAGCAAGCCAAAGGAGGAAACACCGCGCAAGGAUGUUCGCAUGUCCAGCAUGUCUGAGAGUGAGGUCAUGGCCAAGCUCCGAGAGGUCGUUUCCAAGGAACGCCCGCUGGAUUCGUACAACAAGCAAAAGAAGAUUGGCCAAGGUGCUAGUGGAUCAGUCUAUGUUGCUCGUAUUCGCGAAAAUGCUACCUCGCCAACAGCACGUAGGGUCAUGCAGGAGAAUGGGCCUCGCGCACAGGUUGCCAUCAAGCAAAUGGAUCUUCGCAACCAGCCGCGCAAGGAGCUCAUUGUCAACGAGAUUAUUGUCAUGAAGGACAGCAAGCAUCCCAACAUUGUCAACUUCUUGGACGCCUUCUUGCAAGAAGAGCAUUCGGAACUCUGGGUGGUUAUGGAGUUUAUGGAGGGAGGUGCUUUGACUGAUGUCAUUGACAAUAAUUCGUCUAUUAGCGAGGACCAGAUUGCCACCAUCUGCUUCGAGACCUGCAAAGGAUUGGAGCAUCUCCACAACCAAAACAUUAUCCAUCGCGACAUCAAGAGUGACAAUGUCUUACUCGACGGCCGUGGUAAUGUCAAGAUCACCGAUUUCGGUUUCUGUGCGAAACUCACAGAGCAGCGCAGCAAACGUGCGACCAUGGUCGGCACACCCUACUGGAUGGCCCCCGAAGUUGUCAAGCAGAAGGAGUACGGAAACAAGGUGGACAUUUGGUCUCUGGGAAUCAUGGCCAUUGAGAUGAUUGAGUCCGAACCGCCUUACCUAAACGAAGAGCCGCUCAAAGCUUUGUACCUCAUCGCCACCAACGGCACCCCUCGCCUGAAGAAGCCAGACAAGCUUUCGAAAGAGCUCAAGGCCUUCUUGUCCGUAUGCCUUUGCGUCGAUGUCAAGUCCCGAGCGAGCGCGUCGGAACUGAUGAGCCACGAUUUCCUCAAGAGCGGAUGCAGCCUCAACAGUCUAGCCCAGCUGCUCAACUUCCGCAAGAAUGGCAGUCACUAG